GUCUAAGCUCCCACCAGACCAACCGAACCCAACCCUCGUUAAAAAGGCCUUUUGCCACCAGGCCCCGCCGCCUCCCAGCCGGCCGUCCCGCCGCCCCCCCCCCCCCCCCCCCCCCCCCCCCCCCCCCCCUCUCCGGUGCUCUCCAUUUCCAUCUCCCUCUCGAUCUCUGAGCUCUCCGAGCUCCUUCAAUGGCGGUCGAGAGCCCUCCCUCGUAGCUCCGAGAGGAGAAGGAGCUCUCUUGUUUCCUCUCAAAGUGGGAUCUUUGGCGCUCUAGAUCCAAGAAACGAGCAAAGACUGGGGCUUUAUGAUGCUCUGAGCUGGGAACCGAGCGAGUUCCUGGGAUUCGUUGUGGUUGAUGCUUUUGUUUCCAAGAGAAUGCCGAUUUCUCAUGGUGGUUCAGAGAUUUAGCUGCUGCGAUGAAGCGAUCGCUCCGCUUGCCCAUUAGCCUCCUUCUGGUGGUCGCCGUCUUCACCGCCCUCAGCUUCGGGGCGGCGCUCCGCCGCGGCAUCGGCGAUGGAUACUUGCCGGUAGUCGCCGCCGUGACGGCGCCGCCGCCACUCAACGCGACGCUCCUGAGGCUGGCGGCGGUGUACGCCGGGGAGGAGGACCUGCGGAAGGACGUGGAAGACCUCCUCGACGGGACCUUCCCCGCCGGCAUCUCCGGCCGCCGUGGGGGCAGACUCCGCGCGUUCUCCGCCUGGCGGCGGGAGAACCACCUGGAAGCGCGGACGCGAUCCGGCUCGCGACUCCCAAUCCGACUCCGAUCACCCAAGGACUUCCGGAUCUUCCCGGAGUUCCGCCGCGCCCUCCGCAACUGGUUCCGGAACCGCCGCUUCCAGCCGGAGGUCAUGGCGGAGCUCGUCGCCCUCGUCAAGGACCCCAUCGACGGCCACCUCGGCCGCCCCGACGCCGGCCGCCGCUACGGUACCUGCGCCGUCGUCGGUAACAGCGGGAUUCUCCUCAAGAGCGAGCACGGCGAGCUGAUCGACGGUCACGACCUCGUCAUCCGCCUCAACAACGCCCGCACCAACGGCUACCAGCGGAAUGUUGGAUCGAAAACCGACCUUUCCUUCGUGAACAGCAACAUUCUCCACUUCUGCGCCCGGAGGGAGGGCUGCUUCUGCCACCCCUACGGCGAAGACGUCCCCAUGAUCAUGUACAUUUGCCAAGCCGUCCACUUUAUCGAUUACACCAUCUGUAAUUCCUCCCACAAGGCUCCCCUCCUCAUCACCGACGCCCGGUUCGAUGUUCUCUGUGCUAGGAUAGUGAAGUACUACUCUCUGAAGCGGUUCGUCGAGGAGACUGGCAAGCUGCCAGAGGAGUGGAGCAAGGCCCAUGAUGAGAAAAUGUUCCAUUACUCGUCGGGGAUGCAGGCCAUAAUGCUCGCUUUGGGAAUUUGCGAUCAAGUUAGUGUUUUUGGAUUCGGGAAGUCAGCGGAGGCAAAGCACCAUUACCACACCAACCAGAAGGCCGAGCUGGAUUUGCAUGAUUAUGAGGCAGAGUACGCCUUCUACCAUGACCUGAUCGAGAGGCCGCAGAGUUCAGAUGUGGCAUUUGUAUUUUUGAGUCUGGUUUUCCAACUAGGCAACAUGAAUAAAGGGGAAAAUUAUCUUCCACAUGACAUUGAGUGUUCUGGUUACUGCAAUGACCUAAAUUGGUGGUGAGCAUCCAUUGUAAUGGACCCAUUGCAAGCUGUCAUUGCAUAUGCAGGUUACUUCUUGAAUCAUGCUCCAUUAUUUGUGAUCUAAUCAUAUCAAUUAUUUCUGCAAAAAAAAUGAAGAUGCAUCACAAGAAAUUCUCUGAUACUAGGUGAGAUAUGUAAAUUGCAAAUUUUCUAUAUACUAGUCAUCUGUAUUCUGACUCUGCUUUUCAGCUGGCUCUUUCUGCAUCAUCCCCACCCUCCCUUAGUACCAGUAAGCCAUAGAGUGGGGCAGUAAGUACAGGAUAAUAACUGCAGCAGUCUCUUUUCCUGCAUGUACCAUUGACUCUUGGUGAGUAUCUUAUUGUUCUGGUCUCAAGUGACUGAUCUUGCAUAGGUAGAAUAACUUCUGAUGAUUUUGGUUUCGAUGUCUUAAUUUUCUCAGCAACAAUAUUAUCAUAUAACAAGGUUUUAGUAGUUACAUUGAUUUUAUAGAAGAUUUAGUACUUUUUUGUGAUUAGUUGCAUUCUAUAUAUGAGCAGAAGUAUUCCCUUUUUUCUUUUUUACUUAUUUGACAGGUCAUCAGAUGCUGGAGCAAGCAAUUAACUUGUACUCCAAACAUGUGUUUUGAUUUGGUAGCAAUUUUGCACAUCUAGUUAUAGUGUUUCAUUACAUCUGUACAUUUAAAAGCAUUCCUUGAUAUGUUAAGAUAUUUUUGUACAUAUUAUAUGUGCUUGCUUCACUCAAUGGAAUUUUGUUUGAGGAGAGAAAAGUCAAAAUUUUAAACUUCAAUGCUUCA